CAUCUAAAAUAAAUUUAUAUAAAGUAUGUAGAUGUAGAAAACUAAAUAUCAAAAGGGUGUCACUCGCUUCAAAUUAAAGGUCUCUCUAACCCUAAUUGUAGAAGCAAAAAAUGGAGUUAGAAAUUUGUUCUGAAAGCUACAUUAAACCCUCUUCACCAACACCUCCAUGUAAUAAAACCUACAAAAUUUCUCUAAUGGAUCAAUUUCUUGUAAAUUACGGAAUCGACAUUCCCUUGAUUCUGUUCUACCCUAAUUUACAUCAACAUCGUCUCGCCAUUAAUGAUUUCAUAUCGAAGAGGUCGCAAACGCUUAAGCAAUCGUUAUCCGAAGCCUUAGCAUAUUAUUACCCAUUUGCCGGGAGGAUUAAAGACUCUCUUUCCGUUGAUUGUAACGACGAAGGUGUUUAUUACGUCGAGGCUCGAGCUAAUACUUCUCUAUUUGAAUAUUGUAGCCAUACCGAUAAUUUGACAUGCGGUCAAUUGUUACCUAGACAGCCCGGUUCGUAUGAACCCUCGUCGGCCGGAGCAUAUGUUGUCAUGAUCAAGGAAACAACUUUUACAUGCGGUGGCGUUACUAUUGGUAUAUUUGGUUCUCACAUGGUCAUGGAUGCAGCUCCGAUGGCUUCGUUUGUAAAGUGUUGGGCUGCGAUUGCUUGCAACUCAAGCAAAGACAUUACAUAUCCGAAUUUCAAUGGUCCUUCUAUGUUUCCACAAUACAAUGCAUUCCCAAGAGAGGCAACUAUGGCAGCUCUCGACGAAGCCUUUAUUAAAACAGGAAAACUCGCAGCAACCAGGUUUGUGUUCGACGAAUCCCGUAUUUCUGAUCUCAGGCAUCAACUUAGUGAUUCAGGCACGGAAAAUUUAAAUCCCAAUGGCGCUGAGUUGGUUUCGGCGUUUCUUUAUGGAUGCAUCUCAGAAACUAUCAGGGCAAGAUCAGGUGUCGUCAAGCCGAACGCGUUCAUAAAUAUCGUAGAUUUUCGGGGAAAAGCCGAGCCUCCUCUACCCGAAAAUUCAUUGGGGAAUUUUUUCUGGAUGGCACCUGGUCUGAUAUCUCAUAAUGAAACUAAACUAGCUAGCUUAAUAUGCAAAAUGAAGGAAGCAACAAGCAAAAUUGACACUGAUUUUGUCAAGAACAUACAAAGCGGUCACGGUUUUUCGAAACUCUACGAGAUGAUGAAGGAGACAAAGAGAUUAUUAACGAGCAACUCAACAUGUUCCGACGGAGCGGAUAUUGUAAUGAUUAGUAGUAUGUGUAACUUAGGGCUAUACGAAGUCGAUUUUGGAUGGGGAGAGCCUAUUUGGGUGACUUGUGUCGAUUCACCGCCCGAUUCCAUAACUCAGUUUGUGAAUUCAUUCAAUAUUAUGGAUUCAAGAGAGGGAAAAGGAAUUGAAGCAUGGGUUUUCCUGGAUGAACAAGACCUUGUUUUGCUGGAGCAAUAUGAAAAGCUGCUUGAAUAUGCUUCAGUUUAUCCAAGUCCUGUCUGAAACAACAAAAUUUGUGUUUUUUUUUCCAUCUAUGUUCAUUGCUUGAGGUAUCUAGUUACUAUGCUUCCAUGUAUGCCAUAUUUGUAUUGAUUUCUUGAAAAUUACAAUUAUCUUAACAUGUUAAUUUUCAUCUCA